UUAAUUAUUUCGUCUUUCCCUUCAACAACGAAUCCGUCCCGUUCCAGUCUCGGUCAAACUUCCCCACCACAACACAGCUUUUUUUCUUUUCUUUAUUUCCUCUCUCUCUCUCUCUCUCAUUAACCGUACGAAGCCGAAGCUGGGAAAUUGACAGCGAGGGGAUAUUAUUUUCUGAAGAAGGAUUUGUUGCUUUAAACUGCAACUGAUCAGGAUUAUGAUUUCUUCUUUUGUGACACUUUAAUUGAAGAAGACCUGAUUUGGGCUGAUAUUACUGAAAGAUUUGAAUUAUCAUGGCUGGGAUUGAUGACAACGUUGCUGUAAUAGGGGAUUGGGCCCCUCCUGAGCCUAGCCCAAGGACGUUCUUCUCAACCAUCUUAGGUGAUGAUUUUGGUUCAAGGCCAUUCUCAGAGCUGCUUGAACAUAAUGGAAAUGGAGGGAGUUUACCCAAUAGUAGUCAGGGGACUCAUGCGGGAGCUGAUCAGAAAGAUAUGGCAAGUUCGGAAGAUAAAAAUGGGACAGGAGUUGAUGCUUCUACCCAUCUUUUGUCAGAACCAAGCCUUUUUUCUAUCCAAAAAUCAAGUUCACGAGGGGGACUUGCAGAGAGAAUGGCAGCAAGAGCUGGGUUUAGUGCACCAAAAUUGAAUACUGAAAAGAUCAGAUCCGCUAACCUGUCCUCAUCACCUGAAAUCCAGUCUCCCUAUAUAACAAUUCCACCGGGUCUAAGUCCAACCACCUUGCUGGAUUCUCCAGUUUUCCUUUCCAAUUCUCUGGCACAGCCUUCUCCUACAACAGGCAAAUUCUCUUUUGCCUCAAGUAGUAACAGUAGAAGCUCAUUGUCAAUCUCAGAAGCUCCUGAAAGAAGUAAGGAUGGCACUUUCGAAGAUGUUGAUACCUCAUCUUUUGAGUUCAAGCCUCAUUUAAAAUCAAGCUCCUUGUUUUUCGCGGAUGCAAAUAAAGUCACUAGUGUGUCAAAUCUCCAGCAGUCAUUUCCCAGAAUUGAGGUCUCAGUUCAAUCAGGGAAGUCUCUAAUGUCUCAGAAUGCAGAACAAACAGAUGUUCUCUCUCAGAAUCAAAAUGGGUUUAAUCAGCCAGAAUUUCCAAAAGCAUCAAUUGGAAGAGAUAGGGAGGGAAAAAAUAUUGUGCCUGAUCCAGUGGUGUUUGAUACAGUUGCAGGCAAUGCUGAAUGUUCUCCACCACUUGAAGAACAACAUGAUGGAGAAGAAGAAAAAAGAGAAGUGAACUCCAUUGGUGGUGCCCCAUCUGAGGAUGGGUACAACUGGAGGAAGUAUGGGCAGAAACAGGUUAAAGGUAGUGAGUUUCCUCGAAGUUAUUACAAAUGCACACAUCCACAUUGUCAAGUAAAGAAGAAGGUAGAACGAUCUCCUGAAGGUCAUAUCACAGAGAUAAUCUAUAAGGGGGCCCACAAUCACCCCAAACCCCCACCUAAUCGACGAUCGGCCAUUGGAUCUUCUAACUUGAGUGACAUGCACCUUGAUAUCCCAGAACAAGCAGGGCUGCAGGAUGGAGCUGUGGGUGAUGCAGCAUGGGCAAGCUCACAGCCAGUAUCUAUCAUUGGAGGCCCUGAGUGGAGGUGUGACAACCUGGAGGUGACUUCAGCUAUGAGCCCCGACUUCUGUGACCCAUCCAACUCACAGGCUCAAAAUGGUCUUCACCUAGAAUCUGGUGAUGCUGUGGAUGUCUCAUCUACUCUUUCCAAUGAUGAAGAUGAAGAUGAUAGGGGAACUCAUGGAAGCAUGUCAUUAGGCUAUGAUGGUGAAGGGGAUGAGUCCGAAUCUAAGAGAAGGAGGAUUGAUGCAUCUGUAUUGGAAAUGAAUGGGGCCUCAAGAGCAAUUCGGGAGCCUAGAGUUGUGGUCCAAACAACAAGUGAGGUAGACAUUCUCGAUGACGGCUACCGCUGGCGGAAGUAUGGGCAGAAAGUUGUCAAAGGAAACCCAAAUCCAAGGAGCUACUACAAGUGCACAAAUGCAGGCUGCACAGUGAGGAAGCAUGUAGAAAGGGCUGCACAUGACCUCAAAUCAGUGAUCACCACAUACGAGGGCAAGCACAAUCAUGAUGUUCCUGCUGCAAGGAACAGUAACCAUGUUAGCUCCAGUAACUCGAUAACAGCACCUCUGCCAACUUCUCAAACUCAAGUUCACAGGCCUGAGCCAUCUCAAAUUCACAAUAGCAUGGCAAGGUUUGAAGGGCCUGCAUCAAUCAGUUCAUUUAGUCUUCCUGGAAGGCAGCAAGUAGGACCCUCAACCGGGUUCACUUUUGCAAUGACCCAGCCAGGCUUGGCCAAUCUGGCAAUGGCUGGGUUGGGCCCCAGUGAAAGGAAGUUACCUGUUUUGCCUGUUCAUCCCUAUCUAGGGCAACAGCGCCAGUUAAGUGAAAUGGGUUUUAUGAUACCAAAAGGGGAACCAAAGGAAGAGACCAUGCCAGAGCCUGGUCUUAACCUUUCAAAUGGGUCAUCCGUAUAUCAUCAGAUCAUGAAUAGGCUUCCUCUUGGACCUCCACUGUAAACCAUGCUGUAAGCGGAAAAUUUUGUGUUGGUAUAUAAUGGCGAUUCACUAUUUUAUAUUUUCUUUCCUCUG